ACUUGUCACGUUUCUGCAUCAUCAGAUUCCACCAAUGCAUGCCAACACUACCACGCAUGCCUUACACUUGUCACAUUUUUGCAUAUUCAGUUUACUUGAAAAAGAGUAUAAAUAGAGGGUCAUUCUUGCAAGUUUUCAUCUACCACUAACACUUUUAUUCAGAGAACUCAGGCGAAACUUCUCAUCCACCAAGCUUCUUCCUACAUUGCAGUCAUGUCGCUUCUUACCAUGGGCCAAGAACACAGAGGAACUAGGGCAAACAUUGCCUCAUUCGUAAGUUUUUCUUGAACAUUGCCUCUUUCGUAUGUUUGUAGUUAGUUUUUUAAAAGUCCAAUAUAAUAAUUUUUUAUAUUGUUUGUUUUUAAAGGAUCCCAAGAAAUUUCGUCAACGUUCACACCCAAUGCCUUAUCCAGACCCAUGGUGCGUACCUUACAUAGAGCGUGCGGGUUUCGGUCAUGUAAUGCAUGUCGUAAAUGCCACCAUUGAUGCCAAAUUCAUUUUGGCUCUGUGUGAACGUUGGAGACCUGAGACACACACCUUUCACCUACCAACUGGUGAAUGUACCGUCACAUUAGAGGACGUGUACAUGCUUUUAGGUCUUAGAAUAGAUGGUAAGCCUGUCACCGGAAAUGUUCAACAGCCUAACCAAAUAUGUGUUGAAAUGUUGGGGGUAGAUCUGGUCGAGGGUGAGGGGUCUGCCAAAGCAAGGGGUCAGGGUAUUAAAUUAUCUAGCCUACAAUUGUACCACGACUCCAUAACUUUGACUGAGGAAUCCUCCGAACAAGAAAAAGUCAUAAAAACCCGGGUUUACAUUAUGCUAUUGUUUGGGAACUUGCUAUUUCCCGAAGGGACGGGAAAUAGCAUAAAUUUUAUGUACUUGAGUUUGCUCGGGGACAUUGAUAGAAUAAGCACAUAUAGUUGGGGUUCUGCAGUAUUAGCAUUCCUAUAUAGCUCUUUGUGUAAAAAUGCACAAAAUGAGCACUGUACAUUUUCUGGAUGUUCUUUUUUGCUUCAAACAUGGGGGUGGUGGAGAUUGCCGAGGCUAGCCCCAGAAAAUCCUAAUGACUACUCCUUCCCCUACGCAACUAGGUUCAUUACAACCGGACUGGAUUACAGUCUUACCCCCAAAAAUAAAAUUAUAUUUUAUCGUCAACUGUUGGAUCGUCUCCGAGCACAGGAUUUUAUUUGGAGGCCAUAUUUGGGAUUGGAACAUCAACCAAACCCCGAAGAUGCAGCUGUUUGGACAGCAAAAACGGCCAUAAUGCGGUUCACCACUGUGGAGAUGCACCAAAGUGACCGUGUCAAGCUUCAAUUCGGAAUGCAUCAAGACAUCCCAGGCCCCCCAAUGUCCAUGGAACCUUGGCAUCUAAAAAAAGUCAGCCACCAGUGGUAUGCCCAAAAUUGGAAGGAAUUUGCUAAGGAGUUUCGAAAAAUGUGGAAAGACCGUGCCCACUAUGUUCUACAAUUUCCGGUGGCGCCCAACGAAAUGAAGCCGACAAGGGAAUAUGUGGAAUGGUAUAGAGCAAAUACCAAUCCAGAAAUGAUUGUGUCUGACCCGUUCUAUUUGGACGAUCCCCGGAUGCAACAGCCAUAUUUCCAACAACAACAACCACCACAGUAUUCCCAACAACAACAACCACCACCUUAUUACCAACAACAACAACCACCACAACCAUUUUACCAACAACAACCACCACCACCUUAUUACCAACAACAACCACCACCACCAUAUUACCAACAACAACAACCACAACACAUGUCCACCCCCCAACCAAAUCAACAAUACAUACCACAAACUCAAUCCCAAUACCAUGAAGACUACCAACAACAAACUCAACAUUCCCACCACCAUCAACAGUCCCAACACCUACCACAAUAUCAAUCCCCCUACUUCCACCAAUCCCAACAAUUCCAACACGGCAAUUUCCCAAGCUCUUCCAGUCCUCCACCUAGCCCCGACACGGGUAUACAAGAGGACUACCAACAGGACUACUACACACCACAACAAACAUUGCACUUUGGCCAACCCGAUUCAACCCUAAACUACCAAAGACCACAAUUCGAGGGCGCACCCAGCAGUAGUCAGUUUGUCCCACCGAGACAAAGCUUCGAGGGCGCAGAGGGGACCCGUCUUUCCUACAGCACUGAAGGGACUUCGACCGAACCACAACGGCAAGCGGCAAGGGGGCGCGUUAGGGCAAGGGGUGGUAAUAGGGAAGCACCACCACCACGUGAACCGUCUAGGCGAGUAACUAGACCUCCCCCGUGCGGAUCGUACAAGGGACCGCAUCAUAUGUGAUUAAUCAUAUCUUUGUAAUAUUUGCCUUGUUUAUUAUUUAAAUAAAAAUAUUUUCUGUUUAUUA